CCAGAGGAAGGGACAUUAAGCAAGUAAGACCAAAUAACAUCUCCGUAACGGCCAGGGAUGCGGUAGAAAUGCCAGCUUAUGAUAAGAUUAAUUGUAACUGAUAGUGGAGAUAGCUGCAUUUGUAUUUUAUUUUAAUUUUUUUAAUGGUGGAUUGUAAAUACAGCCUUGAUGAAGUGGUGCUUGUUCUUGCCGGCAUGAGCGGGGUAUUCAGCUGGGAGCCCUGGAAAGGGGAUCUGCUUCUGUAAAAACAGCCCCCCCCCCACCCCAUCUUGGACUGAUUGUCUAUGUAUUGAAGCUAUAAGGAAGGUGUAGAGGCACCGAACCAAAUAUCUUGAAGGAUCUGCAUAUUAUGGCAGAUUGAAUUGCAGACUCGAGGCUCUGGAUCCAACUCACACUAUUGGUGCUUUAUUGCUCCUUAUGGUGUAGCUGGUGAUCGUUCCUGAGAAGAGAAAAGAUGAUGAGUGAUGCAAGUGACAUGCUCGCUGCGGCUCUGGAGCAGAUGGAUGGCAUUAUAGCAGGUUCGAAGGCGCUGGAGUACUCCAAUGGCAUCUUCGACUGCCAGUCCCCCACUUCCCCCUUCAUGGGGGGCCUGCGGGCGCUGCACCUGGUGGAGGACUUGCGGGGCCUGCUGGAGAUGAUGGAAGCGGAUGAGAGAGAGGGGCUGCGCUGCCAGGUCCCGGACUCGACGGCAGAGGCUCUGAUUGAAUGGCUCCAAAGUCAAAUGACUAACGGACACAUAUCUGGAAAUGGAGAUGUGUAUCAAGAAAGGCUGGCUCGUCUGGAAAAUGAUAAGGAAUCUCUUGUUCUGCAAGUAAGCGUGCUUACAGACCAGGUGGAGGCCCAGGGAGAAAAGAUUCGGGAUCUGGAGUUCUGUCUAGAGGAGCACAGGGAGAAACUGAAUGCCACAGAAGAGAUGCUGCAGCAGGAGCUUCUGAGCAGAACAUCCCUUGAAACUCAGAAGCUGGAUCUUAUGGCAGAGAUUUCCACUCUGAAGUUGAAGCUUACAUCUGUAGAAAAGGAUAGAUUGGACUAUGAAGACAGAUUCAGAGACACAGAGGAUUUGAUCCAGGAAAUAAAUGAAUUGCGGUUGAGAGUGGGAGAAAUGGACAAUGAAAGACUCCAGUAUGAGAAAAAACUGAAAACAACCAAAUCUUUAAUGGCCAAACUUUCUAGUAUGAAAAUCAAAGUGGGUCAGAUGCAGUAUGAAAAGCAGCGGAUGGAGCAAAAAAGCCAGAUGCUAAAGGAUGAGCUAGCAGCUUUGAAAGACAAACUAGAGCAGAAGGAAGCUGAGGUAAAAAGGUUGCAAGAAAAACUGGUUUGCAAGCUGAAAGGAGAAGGAAUUGAAAUACUGGACAGAGAUGAAAAUUGUAAAAAGAAGCUCAAAGAUAAAAAUAUAGAGGUACAGAAAAUGAAGAAGGCAGUAGAAUCUCUAAUGGCAGCAAAUGAAGAGAAGGAUCGGAAGAUAGAAGAGCUUCGGCAAUCUCUGAAUAGGUACAAGAAGGUUCAAGACAUGGUGAUAUUGGCUCAAGGUAAAAAAGGCAAGGAAAGUGACUGUGAAGACUUCUUCAAUUCGGGGUCUGUUUCCACAGUUUUAUUGGACACACCAAGUCUGACUGAUGCAGAGAAAAGCCCAUCCCCAACCCCAGUAACAGCAUCUCCAAUCCACGAUGAGUUUAACAUGAAUAUUCACGAAGAGAAUUCCUUACAGAUCCACACCAGUAUUUUACAGAUUUCAAUCCCUUCUUUUUCAUCAACAUCCAAGAGCUCAGAAACUGUUGCAGAGAAAGUGAAAACACAGCCUAGGUCAGAUCCUGCAAGUGAAAUGAGUGAAGGAAGAUCAACAGGUUCCUCCCCAGAAACUAAGCUGUGUGAUAGUCCAGUAACUUCUUCACUGCAGAAGUCCAGCAGUCUGAGCAGUUUGAGAAAAGAGACAUCUGAAGUGGACAGAGACUCUGCACAGAAGCCAACAGAGGUUAAACCUCCUAUGGAAUGUAAUAAUUUUGCAACCCUCCCUCCAAAGUCUCCUUCUCAUGGUGGCACAGGCGACGAGGAUAGUUUUGGUACCCGCAAAGCCAGAUCUUCAUUUGGACGAGGCUUUUUCAAGAUAAAAAACAACAAGAGGACCGCGAGUGCCCCCAAUCUGGAUCGCAGUCGAAGUGCAAGUGCACCUACUUUAGCUGAAACGGAGAAGGGAUCUGCAGAUCACUUGGAUUUGGCUGGCUUGCCCCCUCGCCCAAAAGAAACGGAGAGUCUACAGAUGACGCCACCUUCUCCAGAUUCCAAGAAAAAGGCCAGAGGGAUCAAGAAGUUAUUUGGAAAACUUAAAAGAAGUCAGUCUACAACCUUCAACCCAGAUGACAUGUCCGAGACGGAGUUCAAAAGAGGAGGGACAAGAGCAACAGCGGGGCCACGACUAGGCUGGUCUCGAGACCUGGGGCAGUCUCACAAUGAGCUGGACAUGCCGUUCGCAAAGUGGACGAAGGAGCAGGUUUGUAACUGGCUCCAGGACCAAGGGCUAGGCUCUUAUAUUAGUAAUGGCAAACACUGGAUACUGUCUGGGCAAACACUUCUGCAGGCUUCUCAGCAGGAUCUGGAAAAGGAGCUUGGGAUAAAGCACCCACUGCAUCGGAAGAAGCUUCAGCUUGCUCUGCAGGCACUCGGGUCUGAAGAGGAAAACAAUCAUGGAAAACUGGAUUACCACUGGGUUACCAGGUGGCUGGAUGACAUUGGCCUCCCCCAGUACAAGACCCAGUUUGAUGAAGGAAAGGUGGACGGCCGAAUGCUGCAUUACAUGAGCGUGGAUGACUUGCUGUCCUUGAAAGUUGUCAGCGUCCUCCACCACCUCAGCAUCAAAAGAGCCAUUCAGGUUUUGAGAAUAAAUAACUUCGAGCCCAACUGUCUGCGCAGGAGGCCAUCUGAUGAGAAUAACGUCACACCUUCUGAGGUCACCCAGUGGACCAAUCAUCGUGUGAUGGAGUGGCUACGCUCCGUUGAUCUGGCAGAGUACGCUCCUAAUCUGCGGGGGAGUGGUGUGCAUGGGGGACUGAUGGUUUUGGAGCCUCGUUUCAAUGUAGAAACCAUGGCACAGUUGCUGAACAUCCCACCAAACAAGACGUUACUGAGACGGCACUUGGCGACUCAUUUCAACCUCCUCAUUGGGCAGGAGGCCCAACAGCAGAAACGUGAAGCCAUGGAGUCCCCAGACUACGUCCUCUUAACAGCAACCGCCAAAGUAAAGCCAAAGAAACUUGCCUUCAGCAAUUUUGGGAGCCUGAGGAAGAAGAAGCAAGAUGAUGUGGAAGAGUAUGUGUGUCCUAUGGAGCUGGGACGGGCAUCUGGAAGUGGGUCGAAGAAGGGUUUUAAACCUGGCCUGGAUAUCCGAGUAUAUGAUGAUGACGAUUUGGACAGGCUGGAGCAGAUGGAAGAUUCAGAAGGGACAGUGAGGCAAAUAGGAGCAUUUUCUGAAGGCAUCAACAACUUGACACACAUGUUGAAAGAAGAUGAAAUGUUUAAAGACUUUGCAACUCGCUCUCCUAGCACCAGUAUAACAGAUGAGGACUCCAACGUGUGACAGUAACCGCCAGGCACUGACAAAGGCUCGCUUUCCUAUGUGCAAGAAACGUCGUCGUCAUUCGUGACGGGCAGCAGAUCAUGUACAUUACAUUGUUCUUGCUUCUGUUUGUUAGAAGUAACAUUGGGGGAUGGAGAAUUUAAAAAAAAUAAAAAGAGGAAAAAAAGGUGCCUAUUCUAAAGUUGCCAUAAGAAACACCCAGACACUGGUGAAUGGUAGUUGUUUUUACUAUAUUUAAUGUACAAACUGGUGAUAUGUUUGAGUGAUGCAUUUAAAUUUAUGUGGUAUGAUAGUGCUCCUUUUGUUUAUUCAUGGCCUCAGAUAAUCCUUUAUACUGUUUCAAAAUAACAGAUUAUGUUAGAUAGGAGUAUUGCGUCUGUAGAUAUCAUGCAUCAGCUUUCUUCUAGGCUCUCAGCUGAAAAAAGAUGUUACUGCUCUUUUUCAAGUGCGUUUGUUCGGCACAAAUACCAGUUCUGCCCUUCCUUACAGUAUCCAGUGUAGGAUUUUAGUCAUCCCUGCCCUGCAUAAACUCUCCAGUAGCUCUUGACUGUUGCUCUUAUUUUUAUACUGUUUUAUAAAAAAAAAAAAAAAAAAAAAAAAGAAAAAAGAACUAUAUGAAGUACAUAUAAAAGCAAAAAUUUAAAUUUUGUGAGAUAGAGUGAUGGAAAGUUCGAAGUGUGGGGGAAGGGGAGAAGGUUGUAAAAAAAUUAUGCCAGUUUGCAUACCAGCUGGUUACUGGAAAAGGCAGGCUGACCUUUGGAACUGUUUGCUUUCAUUGCUUUUUAAUAAGUGCACGGUUUAAUGAUCUUCCAUUUGGGAUGAAACGAUUACAAAGCAUGUUUCUUCUAGCAAUGACUCGUACAGAAAUUGCACAUUUUAAAAUGUCUUCUUUCUUGUUCCCAGCAGCAGUAGUUAUAGCAUUCAAACAAGGUUAUUAACACUUCUGUGACUUAAAAAAUUUCCUUAAAGUUGAGAGUACUCCCUGCAUAUGGAAGGGAUAUUUCUGUGCUGUGACUAACGUAAAGAUGGUGUAGUUGGGAAAAAAAAAAAGUAUAUAGAGAAAUGUAUAGGAAAUAUAUUAUUUCGUAAUAUUAAACCUAAGGUGGGACUUUUCCUCCAAAAUUCAAAUAUCGAACAUGUUGCUCAUCAUUUUUUCUUCUUAAAGCACAGCUCCUCUGCUUUUGAGGAUCAUCAGAUUUUAAAAAUCCUAACUAGCCAGUGGAAUUCUUUUGUCAGACUUUUGGUAUUGCGAGGUGUCCUAGCCAAAAGCAAACAAAAAAAAUGUAACUCUGUUUAUUACAGUGGUGUUGAACAUUGCAUGUACUUUAGCACAAUGGCAUGAAGCUUCUUUGCUUUAUAAAGGCAAAAAAAGUACAGCUGGAAUUGUUCCUUGCAGUGGUGUGUUGCUUGAGCAAGCGUUUGUCACUCGUUUCGUCGCUCUCCUUGCUGGAAGUGAGACCGUGUCCGAUACAUUGCUGGUGUGGUGCAAGGGACGUUAGAUUUGCGCUGACUUUGUGGGUAUUUCUGAAACACUAUUAACAAAGCUAGGAAAGGAAGAAAGGUUCUUUCAGGGGCUUCCAGGGAGCUCCCAUCAGAUGUUAGGGUAGAUUGGAGACAUAUUCUAGUAUUAUAUUAUUGUAACCUGAUAAGCUAUUACCAACCUGGUUCUUUGAAGGAUGUGCAGUGUAGGCUAUUAUUUAUGUACCAAGAUGAAAAAUUUUAUGUGGACUGGUUGUGUUAAACAUAAUAUCAAGCGCUGCCAUUUUCUCUUUAGUAACUGGAUCCAGGCAAACAAUCCAUAAUGCGUACAUAAAAUAGUUUGUGCUGGUUACCAUCUGUCUACAAACAGAUCACAACUGAUGCUUUGUUCAAUAUUCCUGACUAAUUCCUCUCCACAAAUAAUUUGCUGACUGCUGUUUCUUCCUCUGCAGCGUUGGGGGUGUUUGAGCUAUUUCUGAGUGCAGAAAUACCACAUUGGGUAACGCCUGCCGUCAGCUUUAGGGUGUAGAUGCUUGGGAAGUGAAUUCAGGGCUUGCUUUCUGUGAAUACUCUGCAAUAUGGUUGUUAUUUACGUGUAAGUUGAGCUUAAGACCCUGCUCUCCCAAAUGCUGCAGAAGCACUGGGAAGAUGUGGCGCAGGCUUCUGAGCAAAAGUAUUCCUCCAGAUUCACUCUCACUAGAUGCUGGCUAGUGAACAUGACUGGAUAUUCACGGGGAAAAAAAAGGAGGGCCAGUGAUGCAAUAUUACAUGCUGAAAUAGCCACAAACAAAUACUUUCUGAUUUCUCUUUAGUCCAGUGCUAUUAGCAAACGUAUGAACAAUGGCAGAUGAUGAUUUAUUUAAGUCCAGGGUAAGCAGCGUGGUGCUCCAAACAACCCUCUCCUGCAUUCACCGCUUGGAAGCCAGGUCAUCCCCUCGAAGCUGCCUGUCAUCUGAACCUUGGUUAUUUUAUGGGGGUGGAAUAUGAAAGCAAGUGAUAAAGUCGGGAAGUUUAUGUGCGCAUGUGCACACAAUUGAUACCGUUGGGGUAUGUUAAUUUGUGCGUGUUUGAAGAGGGUGACAUAACUACUGUGUAUUGCCAUGUAAAAUCCAAUAAAGUCUGUGAAAAA